AUGGCCAAGUCCGACAGAGCUGAUUCGGGCGCGGCCCAAGCUCCUCGAACAAAAGCACGAUUCACCUCUCGCAGCCCUCCACCCCCACCUUUCUAUCUCCCUCUAAACGCCACCUUGUACCUAUGUAUCAUUGCCAACGGCCUAGCAGCUCUAUACUCGCCUAUUCAAGAUUGCGAUGAAGUUUUCAACUUCUGGGAACCUGCACACUAUCUCGACCACGGCUAUGGACUUCAGACAUGGGAGUACUCGCCAGUGUACUCAAUUCGAAGCUGGCUCUACGUGUCGCUUCAUGCCGCAGUCGGCAAGCUUGGAUCCUUGGUUGUCCACAGCAAGUCAGCCGAGUUCUACUUUAUUCGCUUCGUCCUAGCCGUAUUCUGCGCCGCUUGUCAGACAAGGCUAUACUCAUCUAUCUGCCGAACCCUUAAUCCCCGUAUCGGUCUCCUAUUCCUCGUGAUCGCCUUGUUCAGCCCGGGCAUGUUCCAUGCGUCAACCGCUUUCCUGCCGUCUACGUUUACCAUGUAUACAUCUAUGCUUGGGCUAGCUGCAUUCCUAGACUUGAAGGGCGGGCCGAAGAUUGCCCAGGGGAUCAUGUGGUUCGGCCUUGGGUCAAUCGUUGGCUGGCCAUUUGCCGGUGCUCUGAUCGUGCCUCUUCUGUUCGAGGAAUUCAUCAUUAGCAUCUUCUCUCAGAACGUCGGCUCUCUGUUCUAUGCAGUAUUUGAUGGCGCCCUUCGGUGUCUCGGCAUCAUGGCCCUAGAAGUGGCGGUUGACUACGCUUUCUUCCGCAAGAUUGCCCUGGUGCCUUGGAACAUUGUUGCAUACAACAUUUUCGGCGGUCAAGGAAGAGGCCCCGAAAUCUUCGGCACCGAACCAUGGACAUUCUACAUUCGGAAUCUCCUGCUAAACUUCAACGUUUGGUUCGUUUUGGCAAUGCUGUCUGCUCCGAUCCUCCUCGUACAGGCCAUCUUCCGCUCCCAGGGCACCUCGAUUCAAACACUCAUGCGCUCCAUCACCUUGGUUGCACCUUUCUACAUGUGGUUCGGCAUCUUCACGAUCCAACCUCACAAAGAGGAACGAUUCAUGUACCCAGCGUACCCAUUCCUCGCCCUCAAUGCCGCUCUUGCGUUCCAUCUGAUCUUGACGUAUAUUGGAUCCAGCAAUCCAAAGGAGAUCAUCGGUCGUGUACCCGCCAAGCUGAAGCUAGUCGCCGUUCUGACAGUCGUCAUGGUGGCCAUCAAUGCCGGUAUGCUGCGAAUCCUAGGAAUGGUGACAGCAUAUAAUGCCCCUUUGAAGGUGCUCGAACCGUUGCGGCAGGCGGAUAUCUCACAGGCUGGAGCUUCUGUAUGCCUUGGCAAGGAGUGGUACCGCUUCCCUUCGUCUUAUUUCCUUCCGCAUGAUAUGCGGGCCAAAUUCAUCCGGAGUGAGUUCAAGGGCCUGCUCCCGGGUGAGUUCCCCGACGCUCCCAGUCCCUUUGGGCGGAUUGAGGGUGCGUCAAAGAUUCCCUCGGGGAUGAAUGAUCUCAACAUUGAGGACCCAAGCAAAUAUGUCGAUAUUUCUCAAUGUUCAUACUUGGUUGACUCCUACUUCCCCGGUCAUGAGGCGACUGAACUGGAACCUCACUAUGUGCAGGACGAGUCACAAUGGGAGUCUCUCUCCUGUGAAAGGUUCCUGGAUGCCUCCCAGACUGCACUGGUAGGACGACUCGUUUGGGUUCCGGAUCUGCCAUUCGUCCCGGAACAGCUCCGACGCAAAUACGGACAGUAUUGUCUCUUGCAGCGUCGUGAUGGUGACAGGAUUGUAUAG